AUGGAGAGGAAAAACCAGACAGGAAUAUCUGAAUUUUUCUUUUCUGGUUUCCCCCGUUUCCAAGAUGGUGGUUUCUUGUUAUUCAUCCCAUUGCUCCUUAUUUAUAUGUUUGUUGUCAUUGGGAACCUCAUGAUUUUCAUAGCUAUAAGGCUGGAUGUCCGACUCCACAACCCCAUGUAUAAUUUCAUUGGCAUCUUCUCCUUCCUGGAGAUCUGGUACACCACGACCACCAUUCCCAAGAUGCUCUCCAACCUGAUCAGUGACCAGAAGACAAUCUCCUUCACUGGUUGCCUCCUACAGAUGUACUUCUUUCAUUCUCUUGGAAAUUCUGAGGGCAUAUUACUGACCACAAUGGCCAUUGAUAGGUACAUUGCCAUCUGCAAUCCACUGCGCUAUCCCACUAUUAUGACACCCAGGCUGUGUGGCCAACUAAUUACAGGUUCUUGUGUCUUUGGCUUUCUUGUGCUGCUCCCUGAGAUUAUAUGGAUCUCUACUUUGCCUUUCUGUGGCUCCAAUCAAAUCCAUCAGCUCUUCUGUGACUUUGCUCCUGUGCUGAACUUGGUCUGCACAGACACUUCCAUGAUUCUAGUUGAGGAUGUGGUCCAUGCUAUUGCCAUCCUAAUUGCUGUGCUGAUCAUUACCCUCUCCUACAUCCAGAUCAUCAUUGUGAUCCUGGGUAUUCCCUCAGUUGAAGGCCGCCACAAGGCUUUCUCUACUUGUGCUUCUCAUCUUACUGUCUUCAUCAUGUUCUAUGGCAGUGUAUCACUCAUGUAUCUACGCUUCUCAGCCACUUUCCCUCCAUUGUUGGAUAGGACUAUUGCCCUCAUGUUUGCUGUUCUUGCCCCCUUUUGUAACCCUGUUAUCUACAGCCUGAGAAAUAAAGACAUGAAGGAGGCUAUCAAGAAAAUACUUUCUCCUCAGAAGGUAUUCAGUAUGUCAGAAAAUUAA